UUUCAGUGGACGGGAACAAGCUUCCAUAAACAGACUGUAACAGAACCUGCUUGUAAUAUUUAAAGAGAGCAGGGACUCACCUGAGAAAGGUGUCCCUACAAAUGGAGGAGGGGGGAGGAAACCCCCACAGUGCUGGUGGGCCACAGGUGAAAAACAAGGAAGCUGAGGAUUCUGCAAAAAGACCAUGGAAGAAAAAUAAGGAACAUGGACUGGGAAACCCCAGCAGGAAAUUUCAUGAGAAAGAGAGAAGAAGAAGAAGGAGAAAUCAGAGAAGAAAAAAUGCUAAGGGAGAAGCAGAUAUCAAAAGUGAAAACACAACAAAGGACCAGAAUGAGACUAUGGAGACUGAAAGAAGCCAAACCCAGGACAGUGAGGUUCCCCAGGCUGAAGACAACAACAGCAACGACCGACACCAGAAAGAUGUUAAGAUGGUGCACGCUCAGACUCAAACAAGGAAGCAUAAAGGCACAGAUAAUUUCACACAGACUCAAACUGUUACUCAGAAGAACCAGGAAACACAGACAGACUUUUCUGUACCAAAACAGGAUGAGGCAAAAGGUGAAAAGACUCAACUCAGCACAGAGAAAGCUGCUGAGGUGAAAGAAAAACAGGACAAACCCAGGCUGCAAGAAGACAGCUCAGUUCAGACUCCAUCAGGGAAAGGUCUAGAUGAAGAAGCAUCAUCAUCAGAGUCAGCCAAGGAGCAAAGCACUGAGAAGAAGUCAAAGCCUAAAGAGGAGAAUCCCUCAGCAGGAAGUUCAGGUGAUGCAUCUCAAACUGAAGAAGGUGCCAAAAUAAAGUCUUAUGCCAAAGCUGUAGCUGGAGAGGGAGGGAGUGGCAAACAGUCCUCUGUGGCAGAAAAAACAUCCCAAAGCACACGUGAUCGAAGCCCAGUGAGACCUCCACCUGGACCUCCCAUGUUCACCAUUCACAUCUAUGCUGUGCUGGACAGAGCGUUUAGAUUCAACCAAGAAUGUGACACACUGGUGCUGGGUUUUGAACAAGAGUAUUUACCCCUGAAAGUAACACAGUUUGUAGGACUAAAUAAGGAAGGCUAUCUGGUGGAAGCGCGUGUCUCUGUUGAAGAAAGUCGUUUAUUACGAGGUGUGGUGUGUUCUUAUUGUUAUGGUGUACACCAACGAGGUAAAAAGAUUUGGGGAUUGGCCAUGAGGCGUGUUCAAAUUCCUUCAGACCCGAGUGUUAAAGAGCUGCACCUUUAUGAAGGCUUCAUUGCCCGUGACAAUGUGCCACAGAGUGUUUGGCAAAAAGGUUUUCAUAUGUUUGGCUGGAAGAACUCAAAGGGUGUGGAGAUUUCAAACGCCUGGCAGGCCUCAGCUACAACUCUGCUGAACAGAAUCUUCCAGAAAUGGACUCCCUCAGAGAGACAGAGCACUGAGAACCUGUGUCACAAUUUGGGGUAUUUUAUGAAGAGCCUUGGUUCUGCUCAUACAAGAAUGGCAUACCCAGACCAUUCAUGUCCUCCUGAGGUCAAGGUAUCAGAGCUGAUUUCAGAGCACUUGCUUCAGAUCUUAAAAGGCAAGCCAAAGGAGAAGCUCCCAAGCUCCUGCAGGGACACCAGUCCUCUCAUUCUCGGGCUUUCUGCUUUCAUGGUUACCCAAAACUGUCGCAUCAACCUUGGAGUUAAAGGCUGGGCUGAGCUUUGUCUCCUGGUCUCUGAGUCUGCAAUGGACAAGAAAAACCUGGAUGGGUUGCAGAGUUCUGUCACAAACGCACAGUUCACCGUGGUUGGUCUGAUAAACCACUGUGCCCAACAGACGGUGGCAGAGGUCAUUCUGCUGAUUCCUCUGCUUCUCAGACUCAGACAGCCAGGAGCUGAUGCAAUGAAAGUGGGGCCAGCUGUUGCAGAAGAGGACUGGUCUGGACUUCAAGGCAUCAAUUUCAUCAGAUUCAGAGAGAAUAUUCUGUCCUACCCUGAUAAGAGAAGAAGGAUACUCUCCCUGGUCCAGAAGCACUUAUCACUAACUAAAGAGAUGCCUGUGCUCCUGAUGAGCUGGUUAUCUUUGGUCACAUUUGAGGAUCUUCCAGAGUUUUCAAAGCUGACAGAAGUACCUGCUGAACACCUGAUCCAGAGUCUGUUGUACAGACUGAGAAAAUGUGCAGAGAAAACUGAUUUUCAAAGAGCAGAGGAGAAUGUAAAGCAUGCUCAUAAAUCCUUCACACACAUCCUGCAGAAGGUCAUCAAAGAGAAAGACAGAAUUAUUGAACGUGAAACCAUUAAAUCUGCGUUCAUGAGCAGCAUCCAAGUUUCAAAGAGCAUGUGCCUUUUAGUACGACUCAUCCCACAAUACCACGUCAUAGUCCUGUCCUACCAGCUGGUGCUGAAAUUAGUAGAAAUAUUGGAGGCUAAACUGAGAAACGAGUCCAAAGAGGAAGAGUUUGAGCAGGAGCUCCUGAAGAAGAUGUUUCCAUUGCAGGAGCAGAUUACAAAGUGGAGAUAUGAUUUGCUUAAAAAACCUCUUCUGACAUCAUCAAAAACACUCUGCUACCCGAAAGAAAUCGAGAUGUGGGAUGCGCUGCUGAAGGUCGAGUGCUCUUUUAAAGAAGUUUCAUCUUACUGGAGACAGUGCCAUGAAAAAGACCUGAGGACGAGGAUUUCCCAGGCAAGUGAUGAAGACAAAGUCCUGCUCUGCUGCCUCAACUCCUCCCAGGCUGCCAUCAGCAAAAGCCACGAUGUCAUUCAGGCCUGUUUCAACGAGCUGUGUCACUCUGCAAUCAAGGCAAUCUGCCAGAGAGGGCAGGAGGGCGACCUGAUGCGCAGUCUACCUUCUGAGGUGAAAGGUCUUCCUGCUGCUGUUGUGUCUGCUGUUGUGGUCGAGUCAGCUGCGCGGUUCAGAGACCGCGUGGUGGUGCAGGUGCUCGAUCCUCAGUCCGCCAUGAGCCAUCUACUGUUGGAUGGUGACUGGAAGUCAAUCAAGGUGGAUGACACUGCAGGGCAGGUGGUGCACAGCUGUGUGGAGGCUGUACACUCUCUGAUAGGGUCUAUGCUUCAAGGAAACGUGCCUCUGGGACACCUGCAGACCUGCCUGAAAUAUAAGGAGCAGUUUAAGAAGCUUUACCAGCAAUACAAGAAAAACACCAAAUCUGAGAUGGUUCCUGUUACUGCAGACACUGUUCUGGCUCAGAGGGAGAAAGAUUUGAACAUAUUCAUGGAGAGGAAGCAGCAGAUGGAUACACUCAUGAAGAUGAUAGCAAAGGUUACAGAAAGCAUCACAGUUCCUGAGAUGUUGACCCUGGAGGAGCAGCACAGUGCAGAUCUCUGCACUGUGAGCCUGAACAAGCUGCUGUUUGUUCAGUCCUUUGAUGCUGAAGGGAAGUUAAAGACAGCUGGUUCUCCACGGGUCCUCUGGUACAACAUCAGUAUGAAUGCCCUGAAAAUGGCCAUAGACAUGCACAAACUGCAUGACAGCAACCUGAUUCUGUCCUCAUGGGUCAAAGGAGCUGAAUCUUUGGCAGCGAGACAUCCCUCCUCAGCUCCUGUUCCAGUGACCCUGACACAGGUCUGUGAUAACAUCUGGAAACCCCUGCUGAUGGAGUUUGUCACCCUCGGCAUGAGCAUUGCAGAAGCAAGUAUCACUUUCAGGCGGCUCGAUCAAGUUUUGGAGGAGUCUGGGGACCAGGGUGAUGGGAAGCUAAUGAAGACAGAGCUGAGCCUGAUGUCGGAGAUAUUUUCUGAGGCAGAAGGGUUCAAACCUGAGAAGACCUGGAUGAAGCUGAGGCUCGAUCAGAUCCAGAAGUAUCGACAGCUCCACGAGGCAGCGGCUGCAGCCAGCGCAGUGCUGAAAAUUGCAGAAAAAAUGAAGCUUUCUGGAAGCUUCACUCAGAUUGAAACACUCAGCCAACUGGAAGAGGAAACCUUUAAGCAGAGGGCCCUGAGCUCUCUGAGUGACGACCUGUUUCAUGCCAGCCAGCAGCUCUCCACGGUCACCAGGCAGCACACUACCUGUCUGGAAGAGUUUGUAGUGAGCCAGACUCUAGUCAGCUGGGUCAGAGAGAACCUUAGAAACAUGAGCGAUGUGAAGGUUUAUGUGGAUCUGGCUUCCAUAUCUGCUGGAGAGAAUGACACAGAGAUCGAUCAGGUGGCCUGCUUCCAUGAUGCAGUGAUGGGCUAUGCCCCUCUGCUCUACUACCUUCCCCAUCAAGCUGGCUUUGAUGAGUUCAUGAGGUGUGCUCGGCAGGUGUGGGACACCCAAAGUAGGGAUGAGAAACUCCCUGACAAACUGAGAGAAUCGACCCGAUUGCUGAGCUGGCUGAAAGCACUGAAGGAGACUCACGGCUCUGUCGAGCAGUCCUCUCUCUCCUUGGCUUCCUCUAUUAAUGCUCAUGGAGUUUAUCACAUAGGAUGGGCUGAUGAAAACACACAGAGAAGAUGUCUGCAAAACAUGGUGCAGGUCACAGUGAAAAGCAGCAGAGAGGAGAAGAGCUACAAGCUCGAGGACCUCCUGGAGCUACAAAACAAACUCAUGCUCAUGUCAUCCAAAGGGGAGCAUGGCAGAGAACAAGUCAACAGGUUCACAGAGGUGUUUGAGGGAGUUCAGAGACUGGGCACCAUCCUUCUUCAGAUGCAAACAUCUGGCAACAUGCUCUUCAGAGACUGGCAUACUGAGGUCCAGUGCUGCCAACAGCAGCAACCGUCCAUCAGAGUCACCUUCUUCUCCCUGAAGGGUAAACAGAUGUUGUACUACGGUGAGGUGACAAAGCAGCUAGAGAAGCUUGCUCAGUCCAUGGAUACAUGCCAAAAGGAAUGGCAUUCCUUCAUCACUAAAAUGCGCUCCAGCCAUGGCUUGCUGAACCACUACACCUCAGAGCAGAUGGUUUAUUUGUGCCACUGGAUAAACAAAGUGUGUCAACGACAGGCGUCUGUUCCUCAGCAGUUAUGGCACUUACUUUUUCCCAUAAAGCAGGAGUGCACGCUAAAUGAUAUCAGAGACGCCUAUAUUAAUGCAGGAAGUAUGACCUCAAACGCUGAUGAAUUGGAAGAUGUUUCAUCUGAUGAUGAUGAUGAUGAUGAAAUGUAUUAUGAGCAUUCCAAUGACAUGAUGCCAGCUUCAGCACAACAAAGUGAAGUGGACAUGGAAAAGGCUUAUGAUUUGAUGGAGUCUUCUUCAGAUGAUGAAGAAGAUGGUGUCCAGAAAUCCAAUCAUACUGAUGAGGAGGACAGUCUUGAGAAUCUCUGGGAGCAAUUCAAGAAAGACAUGUCGUGCUUCCUCAGUGAGUCACUGGAUAUCUUGACUCUGGCCAACUUCCUCUUCUGCCUCUCUGAAAUGAACCAGCAACACAUGAUCAGAAAUCUUCCAGCACUUCUCCAGGAAGGAAAGCCCAAUCUCAUUCUGUGUCCCAUUGCAGAGGUUUUUACCACCACUCUUUCUUUUUACAUGGAAAGUCCAGAGCAGCCUCUGCCAUCUGCUGAUGAGGUUCUAGUCUGCAGAGAGGAAACCACAGUAGAGGAGGUGGAGAUCUUUCUCCGCCGAGCUCUCAGUCAAGGCUCCAGACAAAACUGUCGGAAGAUAUACUCUCUGGUCAAUCCAGGACUGCUCGGAUAUGACGUCAGUGUAGCUUUAGGGGAGCUCUUUGAGGGUCUUGAGAGAAGUGCUGGCCCGUGUUAUCGCCUGGUCAUAGUCAGUCCGGUUGUGCACCAGCACAGAUAUGUGCCCUCUUUCUUCAGCAAUGAUAAAGUACAAGCUGGUGUGGGUCUAACAGCGGACACUGCAAGGAAAUAUCUACAUCACCACUUUACAGAAAACACACUCAGACAAAACCCUGUCGCACAGGUUUCUCCAGACCAGCUCUCAGUCUGGAUGGUGUCAUCUGAGUGCCCUGCUGUCGGGAAAUCCCUUUAUAUUGAUCGUUUGUUUGAGAAGUUCCUGCAGAUUUCUCCCAGAGCAAAACAUAUCAGUAUCAAGUUGAUUGAGCCAUGUGUUGACAGAGACUCACUGAUUAGGAGUUUCUCAGAGAAACUGGCACCCCUGAGAGAGCAGGAUCCUGUUCUUCUGCACAUUGACACUGCUGGAGUUCAUUCAGGAUUAGAGGAGCUCCUGUUCCACCUGACAGUUCUGGGCUGUUUGAACGACAGUCAUGGCAUGCUGUGGAGAAGAAAUGCAGCUCACUUGAUUACUGUUGAGGUCCUCAAAACAUAUGCUUCCCGCCAAAACCAGCCAAAAGAGAUGAGGCUUGGACUUCUUGAUGUUCUGCCCACCAUUCGUUGUAGACCUCCAAGAGAGGUUAUGCAAUUGCUGGCCAGUCGAAGGCUAUCAACAAAUAAGACCUUUGAUCCACUGAUGGAUGAACAGGAGUUUUGCAGUGAGGGGAUUCAAAGACCCUAUCAGUACUUAAAACGUUACAAGCAGAAUCAGAAUCUGGAUCACUUUAACUACCAGAAGGGCUCCAGAGUGGGGGAUCCCAAUGACUGCCUCAAUCUCUUCCUGUCUUACUGUGGAAUGCAAAAUCCAUCCUGGGGUGAGCUGAAAAACUUCUCCUGGUUCCUCAAUGUGCAGCUGAAAGACUGUGAGAACUCAGUUUUCUGUGAUCGAGAUUUUCUUGCUGACCAGCUUCCUGGUUUCAAAGGCUUCAUUGUGAAGUUUAUGAUUCUAAUGGCAAGAGAUUUUGCCUCACCUUCUCUGAGCACGUCAGAUGAAAGUCCCAUUCCGCACAUUGAUCACAAUCAGAAAGAGGACCUUCUGGCCCGACUGACGAUUCGUAAGCGCUGGGAAAAUGAGUCUCAUCCAUACAUUUUCUUCAAUGCGGACCACAUGUCAAUGUCUUUCCUUGGUUUUAAUGUGCAAAAAUGUUGGCAGAACACACUGAAUGCCGUUGAUCCUCGCAGCAAUAAGGUCCUGAUACGCCAUGUGAUGUCACAAGAGCUUUUUCAAGGUUUGCAACGGCAGAGAAUUUCUCUUACUGAGGACUUUGAUCAGUUGCCCCGGGCAGACAAAAUCAAAAGGAUUUCAUGCGUUGUUGGCGCAAGGAAGGGAAUUACAGGCAGCGGAUUUGAUCCAGACCCUACUUAUGAGCUCACUGCGGACAAUGUGAUGAAGAUGCUGGCCAUACACAUGAGAUUCCGAUGUGAAAUUCCUGUUGUCAUCAUGGGAGAGACUGGCUGUGGAAAAACCAGAUUAGUCCGUUUCCUUUGUACUCUGCAAAGAGAGGGGAGAUCAGUAACGAACAUGGUACUUGUCAAAGUCCAUGGUGGAACCACUGCAGAAAUGAUUUACAGAAAGGUGAAGGAGGCUGAGGCACUUGCUCACAAGAACCGUGAGAUGCACAAUCUAGACACCGUUUUAUUCUUCGACGAAGCCAACACCACAGAGGCCAUUUUUGCCAUCAAGGAAAUCCUGUGUGAUCGCACAGUGAAAGGACAACCUCUAAAGGCUAACAGUGGCUUAAAAGUAAUAGCUGCCUGCAACCCUUACAGGAAGCACUCAUAUGAAAUGGUGGAACGUUUGGAACGUGCUGGAUUAGGAUAUAGAGUGAAAGCUGAUGAAACAGAGGACCGACUUGGCAAAGUUCCUCUAAGGCAGCUGGUCUACAGAGUUCAUCCUCUGCCUCCAAGCAUGGCUUCUUUGGUGUGGGAUUUUGGUCAGCUAAGUGAUUCAACUGAGCUUUCCUACAUCCAACAGAUUGUCCAAAAGAAAGUUGUAGACCAUCAUUUGCCACUAACAUGCAAGAGCAUCAUUUCAAAUGUGUUAGCAGCCUCCCAGAAAUACAUGCGAAGUCGGGAAAAUGAGUGCAGUUUUGUGAGUCUCAGAGAUGUGGAGAGGUCCAUGAAAGUGCUAAUUUGGUUUUACCAGCAUAGUGAUGUCCUUUUCAGCAAGUGCACCCAUCUUAGUGAGGAUCAUAAAGCACUGAAGUGCCUGAUUCUUGCUGUUGGUGUCUGCUACUACCCAUCUCUGGUAACCAAAAAGGAGUACCUGGAUAACAUUUGUAGGUACUUCCCAGACCAUUUCCGCUCUUUAGACGCACUGCAGAAAGAGAUUUCUUCCUGUCAAGACUUCUUCCUUCAGAACAUAAAAACCAGGGAGACCAUAGCCAAAAAUGUUGCACUCAAAGAGAAUGUGUUUCUCAUGGUGGUUUGCAUUGAGCUCAGGAUCCCACUGUUUCUGGUUGGCAAGCCUGGCAGCUCCAAGUCACUUGCUAAAACUGUGGUUGCUGAUGCCAUGCAGGGACAGAAUUCCCACUGUGAGCUAUUCAAGAGUCUCAAGCAAGUUCAUAUGGUCUCCUUCCAGUGCAGCCCUCACUCAAGCCCAGAGGGCAUCAUAGGGACAUUCAGGAACUGUGCCCGCUUUCAGAAGGACAAAAAUAUGGAUGAGUAUGUGUCAGUGGUAGUGCUUGAUGAGAUAGGACUAGCAGAAGAUUCCCCUCAGAUGCCACUGAAGACCCUUCAUCCUCUCUUGGAGGAUGGUUGCAUUGACAAUGAAAAGCCAGAUCCACACAUGAAGGUUGGCUUUGUUGGCAUCUCGAAUUGGGCUCUUGACCCAGCCAAGAUGAACAGAGGGAUAUUUGUAUCCAGAUGGGAUCCAAGUGAGGAUGAACUUGUUGAAACUGCCAAGGGCAUUUGUUCAUCCUCAAACCAAAUUCUCCUGAAAAUCAAACACCUCUUCCCAGCUUUAGCAAAGGCCUUCUUAAGUAUUUGUGUGGAGACCUCAAAGAAUCAGUUCUUUGGCCUGAGGGAUUAUUACAGCCUUGUCAAAAUGCUUUUUGCUGCAGUCAAAUCCACACAGCAAGAGCCGGAUGGUGAACAGCUGGUAGAGGCCAUCUUGCGUAACUUCAGUGGACAGCCAGAGGGUUUUGACCCUGUCAGAUUUUUCCAAGAGGUUAUCAGUAACCUUACAGAAAUUCCCAGACCAAGCACCUUGCAAAUGGUGAAAAAGAAUCUUGAUCAUGGCACCAUUGAGGAGAGCCGGUACCUCCUUUUACUCACCACCAACAAUGCAGCUCUCCAUAUCCUUCAGCAACAAGUGUUUGCCAAAGGAGACUAUCCACCGCCAGAAAUAAUUUUUGGCUCAGGAUUUCCAAAGGAUCAGGAAUAUGCCCAAAUCUGCCGUAAUGUGAACCGAGUCAAGACAUGCAUGGAAACCGGACGUACUGUUAUCCUCCUCAACAUGCAGAAUCUCUAUGAAAGCCUCUAUGAUGCCUUGAACCAGUAUUAUGUUUACCUCAGUAAGCAACAGUAUGUUGAUCUGGGUCUUGGCUCCCACAGGGUCAAAUGUCGUGUUCAUACUAACUUCAGACUGGUGGUUGUGGAGGACCAGAAGAAGGUCUAUGAACAGUUUCCAGUGCCGCUUAUCAACAGGCUGGAAAAACACAGAGUGGAUAGGAGCACCGAUCUCGAGGCAUGGCAACACAGAGUUCUCGACAAACUGAGAAAGUGGGUGAUGGAAAUCUCUGGUGAGGCCACAGGAGAUUUCAAGCUAUCCGACAUUUUUAUUGGCUUCCAUGGUGAUGCCUGUGCCAGCGCUCUGUUACAAGCACUGAAAAUGAGAGCACUAAGAGUGGACGGUACUCAAGAAGGACAGCAUCAACAGGAAGAGCCAAACAAAACACUUGAGACAAACACACAGAAACAUGUUAUUAAACUCGAGGAUGAUCAGCUGGGUGAUGCAAUGGAUACAGAUCAAGAAACUGAGGCAGUGGAAAAGAAUGAUAAUGAAUCCACUGAGAUAUAUAACGAUGACAUAGAGAUGACAGAAAGCGAAGAGAUGAUGGAGAUACAAAAUGAUGUUGAGUCUGCAAGAAAAAAUGAGGAAGAGAAAGUCUUGGAUUUAGCCAAAGGUCUUUUGUUAAACUGUGCUACCCCUGAUGCUGUGGUCAGGCUCAAGUAUUCAGAUUUAGCAAAACAGGAAACAGAGAAAUUCCAGCAAUUGUACUUCCAGCUACAGCAUCACCACUCACUUCGGGAUUUUCUGGAAGACUGCUUGAAAGAGUAUCAGGGGUCCAGCCAGUUUCUUGAGGUUACUACAUUCUCCAGCUUGUUAACCAGAUCAGAUGUAAAGGUUGCAGCCCAUGCUUUAGGACUGCACACAGACAGGAUCCUCCUGCUGUCGCUCCACCAGUUCGACACUGAAAUCUCCUUCUGCAAUAAAAUCCGGGGCUUCCUUCAAAAUGCUGGCCACUCUCUUCAUAUUCUGCUAAUCCAAAUGGACCUCGAGGAAUCCCACUGCAGCAGCGAGCUCAUUGCAUCAGCAAAGUACUGCACCAUGAAUUAUUUGAUGUCACUGGAGGAUCACACCUGUUGGGUGAUUUUUAUAGUGAAGGUUUCAAGGAUUCCAAGUCAUUCCCAGUACAUUGGUUUCCAAGGAGGAGUUUGGCACUCUGUGCAUAUUGAUGACCUGAGGGAUUCAGAGGACAUGAGCCUGAACCUGUCGGCUUUCUGUGGAACUCUGAUUAGCAGCCUUCUCACACCUGCGCCCACAGAAAACCAUGAAGACAGAGAAACAGUGAGGGGAGGAAAGGCCUCUGACGAAGACAGAGACGGCAACAGAGCUCACCUUCACAGUCUGUCUUUAGUGAGGUCAUGCAUCCAAAAAGCAGUGGGUUUGCUGAGGGACCCUGAUGGCGUGGCAUCGAGAAGUAUGGAGCGGAUGCACAUCCUUCUGAGUCUUCUGGGAACUGAUCAGAAGCGCACAGGAGUUCACUUUCAGAGGUUAUUGUUGAGUAGACUGGCUGAGACAUUGGCACAAAAAGAAGAAACAAUGGGUGCUCCUAAAGAGUGGGUGAGCUUAGAGGCCAAGAAACGCCAGGCUCUGCAGGAGGGGGGGACUCUGAGGCAUACCCUUUGGCGCUGUCUUCAGUCCACCGUGACCCCAAUCUUGGCCAGCAUGUUGGAGAUUAUGGACAGGUAUGCAAAUCUGGACCUGCUCUCUGAUGACAGGCUCAGUCAGGGCCUGAUACAGCUGUGGUUGGACAUCCUGGAAGACUCACAGGUUUUACACCUAACACCGCUCCAAAACUCCAGUGAGUCAGAUCAGGAGGUGCUUGUGCAGCACUAUUUCACGUUGGAUGAUGAAGAGCAGCCCUGCUUGGCCCCAUUCAGCUGGCUCAUCAGCAUGCACCUCGAGAGUCUGUGGGAAGAAUCUGAAUUUAUGCCAGUAACACAAGAAGGUGGCACAGAGAGGAUCCUCCAGUUUGUGAGCACCUUCAACAACAGCAGGCUGGGCAGUCACUUCCAGAAACUCUCAGAUGGGGACCGUUUGGAUUAUGGCCACCGUUAUCUGCAAGACUUCCUGCUGCUUUGUUUGAAAAUCAAGUCAAAGGACGAGCUAAAGGUGUUCACCAAGGCCCUGCUGGGCUGCGUGUGUGAACUUCAGACGUCUAUGGGCACCAUCGCUGACCUCUCUCCUGCUUGGAUAAUGGCAGCUUCAAAGCAUUUUGAACCCAGACUAGACACCCUCUGCCACAUAUUUCUGCUGCAGCGCCACCUAGCCACCGACAUUGCUCAGCAGGGGUCAAAGAGGGAACCGGAAGAAAUGGUGGAGGACAUUUUAGCUCUUGGUAUCUGUGUUGAGCAGACCAAACUUCUGACUGUGACUUCCCUGGAUGAGUGUGAGUCCUUUGUGAGAAGAGUGGAGUUACUGCAGCCAUGUCUGGAUAGAGCGUUCAGUCAGAAAUACAGUGCCCUGUGUGGCCCUGGCUGUCUGCAACACCUGGACUCCAUCAGAUCACUGUGGCAUGGGAUGCUGGUCGUCAUGUGUUUUGUCCAGCAUGUCAUCUGUAAAGUUAAACAGGACGACUCGAGAUUAAAAGAACUGGCUCUCAAAUACUGCAACCUUCACCUGAACUUGAUGCAUGAGUCUCCUGAUGUAAGAAGUGUGGACACACUGCAGCAGCUGAUCCGCAUCCUCAAUUCUUUCCAUGAUGAGUGCAUCAGCAGAGAUCUGAGGUUUGGCAUUUCUUGCCCAGUUUGCCUCUCUGAGCUCAAAGACCCGUGUGUCCUGCCUUGUCAGCACGUUAUCUGCCUGCCGUGUCUCCAGCGCUGCAUUCAGGCACACAGGCGAUGCCCUAAAUGCAGGAAUGAGCUGCCACCCAACUUCAACCCAACUGUUUCUGCCACCGUCAAGGCAUCACUUGAACAGCAGGCAGCCAUCAGACUCUGCUGUAACACCUUCUUCCUGGAGGUGGUGUCCAGGUUCUGUCUGUCAGAGGGUCAGAGCCCUGGAGAAGGGGUGGUGGAGCUGCUCUUCUCUUUACUCGUCUCUGCUAAUGGAGACGUGUACAGGACCAGGGAGCUCACUCCCUUCCUGGAGUGUGUGGAUAACAGUCCAGUGGUCCGAUCUGUGCUCCCGAAACUGCUGCUGCAGUACAGUUUUGACCAGGCAAAGGCUCACAUUCACACCUACCUGAAGAACCUGGAGGAGAAUCUUCUUGAUAAAGAAGACCGCACUGAACUCUACCUGCUGUUUGUCAACUGCUUCCAGGACUCUCUGUUGUGCUCCAAAGCAAGAGAAGUGGAGCAGAGUGGAGACCAGCAAACAGAAACAGAAAUCAGUUUCCUGAGCAGGAUUGCCAGGAAACAGACUCCAGAUAGGCAGGAGGACCCGGCAGAGUUCCUGCUCAAUACUGCCAGGCUCAGAAUAUGUUUGAGCACUGCUGCAGAGCUGCUGGAGAGAGCCACAGCUCAAGGUGGAGAAAUGGAGACUGAUCGGUACCUUUUGCAGGUGAGGGGUGUGUGUGAGUACAAUCGUAAUGAUUGGCUCAGGGUUUACCUGCUGCGAGCUCUCCACAGAUGCUCCGGUAUGGACUGCAUACUGUUCCUGAUGAACAACCCAGCCUGGAGCUGGAUCUUCCCUCCAAAGCUGCUUCAGCUUCAGAGAAUAAUUCCAACUAAUGUGGAUCAUUUCCUUUGCUGCGGGGCGCCUUAUCGAGCCAUGAGAGACGCUGUGGCUCAGGUUCUUCUGGAGAACAAAUCUGACGCCUUUGUGACAGAGCUACAGAAACUUGGAGGUUCUCAGAUCAGCUUCCUGGCACUGGCCUUGUUCAGACACAUCACCUGUCGCUACAAGUCACCUGAUGCCAACAUAUGUCCCUCUGCACAGGAGACAGCGAGGGUGGAAGAGCUCCUCAGAAAAAACAUCAAAUCGAGGGAAUUCAGGGAUUUCUGCAUUUCACUUCUUUCCCGUCACAUUGGUGGACUACGUUCACAUCUCCAUAUGAGCCCGGAUCUGUCAGCUCAGAGGCAGACCCUCCUGGAGCUGCUGGUCCAUCUGGACUCUGUGCUGCUCAGUGAAAAUCCUCUGCUACUUCCUCUUUAUCAGUUAGCCUUCCAGCCUGAGAAUGCCAACAACUCCUUCCUGCCAACCAUGCCAGAUGAUCACACAAGUGAAGCCAGACAGUGGUUGAGAGAGGGACAACUACAGCAGUACACAUGUGCCAAUGGACAUCCGUGCUUUGUGGGAGAGUGUGGAAGACCAGUGGUUAGAUCAAGGUGUCCUUGUGGAAUGCCAAUUGGUGGAGAAAAACAUGUCCCAGUACAUGGAUUUACACAGCAGAUAGUGCCGGGAGAUCAGACUCGGACAGGACACAUUUUAGGAGAGGCUUAUCAGCGGUCUGAAGCCCCAGAGAGGCAGAUGACUUACGCUCAGUCCUGCAUCCUGCGGCUGCUCACCCACCUCGCCAUGCUCCAGGGUGCCAUCAAAAAUCAGAGAGGAGUCGGUGGCUUGAUUCACCCCCUGCCGUCGGAUGUCUUCAACUUCCUGUGGCGACAUCUUGAAAAAGAUAUGAAGGUUUUGGGCCAGACUCUGGAUAAGAACAUGGACAACACAGCAGUUACAAUUCAUUUGAUUUUGGCCAGAUUUCCUGCAGGUUCCCGCAAUGCAAGACCCAAUUUAUCCUCCAGGCAAAGCCGGGAGCAGUGGGAGAAGCUCAUCUGUAAUUCUGCCAUCAACCCAGUGCUUGAAGAUUUGCAGAACAAUCUGGUUGAAGCUCAGGAAAGAAUCGGAGCUGAUGAUGGACUUGCUGGAAACCCCUUAAUGAAACUCCUCUUCGGGGAUCCUGGGAAAAUGCUGUCUCUCCCCUCUAACUGCCCAACGCACCACUCCUCCUUCUGGACUUUACCUGAGAUCAUGACAGUGGAGCGCUUCUCUCAGUUGGUGGGAGAAAUGCAGGGACGCCGCCGUCUACCUCUGCUCAGCUUGUUUCUUAAAAAGAUUCAUUGUGUGCGGCAGUUACAUCACCUUCCUGAGCUGGCUGCUUUACAGUCUGACCUGCUGAGGGUGUUUCCUCUGGCGUCACACUCCACACCUCAGACUAUUGCACAGAGGUUACUGCAGAUACCAGCAGGGUACCAGAAGAAGAUGCUGACUGAGCGAGUGGACAGAUUCAUCAGGGUGUGGAACUGCCUCAGAGCAGACGUGGCAAACAACUCAGCAGAUUUGGGUGUGGAUGUGAACUUGUGUAAGUGGGAGGUGACAGCUGAGAGCUCGGGAGAGUUUCUGACUCCGUGUCGACAUGGACCGGGGUCCGUCCUCCAAACUCUGGUCGACUUCCUGUCUGAGACUCACAACAGCCUGGUGAGAGAGGCGAGGACACUGAGGCGUAAUAAGAACAGUGAGUACAGCAUUCCUUUGGAGAGGAUAUCAGAAACCCAGCUGACACUGUGCCACCCAGAAAGAGAGCUGCUGCCCCUGGUUUUAGCCCAUUGCCAGUACACCUUGAAGAAAGGUGGGGAGACCGGCAGCAGCUACAACCUGCCAGGCAUCCAGACCGAGCUGGCCCGCCGUUUCCUGGCUGGAAAACCACUUAUUAAAGCGGACACCUCGAAGUACCUGAACCGACACCUGCAGGACUUCUCCGUGGUUCUAGCUGAAGUCAGAGGAAAGAUUCGUCAGGAACCGCUGAAGGGUUCGGUGAGCAGUGCCAUGAAAAUGGUGCUGCGCUCUUACACGGAUGUUUGUGAUGCUGUCUUUGUGGUGGAAAUCGGCCUCCGAUUCCUCGGGAAAAUGGGCGGGGAUGCCCAGGGUCAGCUUUUGUCCUACCUUACGGAUUCACUGCAGAUGGGCCUGCAGAUUUCAAGCACUGUAGCGAAGGGUCUUGUGGAAAGCAAACUGGAACACAGCAUAUUCACCUGGCAGCUGCUGACUUGUUGGAAAUCUGAGCUGAUGCUGAACAGGAAGCAAGAUCCGUUUCAGAAACUGCCCUCUGAGUUCCAGCAGAAGCUGUCGGGGGAGCAGAGGAAAAGCCUGAAGGCGUUCCUCGCUGUCACAGAUGUCGACACCUUCUCUUUGGAGCUGCAUGAAAUUCUUCUGCUGAAGACAAGCAACGCCGUGCCUGACCAGGCUUACCAAGCACACUGGGACAUCAGGUCCACCUUAGAGAGCCAUUUGGAGGUGAAAGACCUUCCACCUCUGCUGGAGCUCGAGUCUCUACCAGAGGAGAUGACACUGGGACAGGGUGCUGACGUGUGGAAAACAGCUGUGGAGUUUAAAAAGAGAUAGAGAGCAGAAAUGUUUCUAGAGUUGGCUGUCAGUAAUUAUUAAUUCCAUUUUCUUAGCUAUAUUAUGAUUAAAUGUGCCUUUCUGUGAUGUCAAUAUUGUAAAUACAGGUGCUAAAUUUCUAUUAUUAAGUGUGCCAUGUCUAAUCAGGGAACACAUUCAUUAAUAGGUGAACAGACAUAAGGUAUUUGAUGAGGUAUUUCCCAGCACGUUUUGAAACUUUAUUUCAACCUUUCAGCAUAUACAGUAUGAACAGAAACCACGACAAUCACUUAUACAUAUGAAGCAUCAAAGUAAGAGCAGCAUCGAACAUGGAAAUAAAGACAUGGUAGCAUGGAAACAAGCUCACUUGAUUUUAAAGAUAUUGCACAGUUGUUUUUUUUUUUGUGAAGAAGAAGUCAUUGUUCUAUUUUCCUUGACUAUAAAGAAAUACAUUUUUGGGUUUAGUGAGAAAUUAAACUAGACUGAUAAAGAAAAAUCCACUUAACACGAAGUGAUCAAUUCUUAAUAAUUCAAUGAAAAAUCCAGAAAUGAACUCUUCUUUCUCUUCAGUUUUUCUUUUCUUUAUAUACAAAUUACAAAUUACAGGCAUAUUUUAGCUUUUAAUUAUUGUAGAUGGGUCUGUUAGAUUUAUAUCUUAACUUUAAUUUCUUCAUUUGGCUUUCUUAUUUUCUUUUACUGUUGUUAUACGCACCAGAACACUGAGGGUAACAUGUUAGAUUAAACACCGUCUGAUAGUUAAUUACACUUCAGUUGAUGCUUUUUUUACUGUCACAAUGAAAUGAGAAUAAAUGUUUACUAAGUGCUUAUUAGUUGGUUGUAAUGUUGCAUGUAAUGUUUAGAAAACUUUAGAAACUGUUCAUAAAUACUGGGAAGUGCACUAAUAAAUGUUAUAAAGCUGCACAUUAUGUUUAUAAUAACUGUUUUAUAGGGCAUAUUAGUAGUCAUGUCUAAUCACUGCAGAGUAAAAUCACAAGACUGGGUGGGAGGGUCCAAAUCAAGGAUAGAACUAAGUUUAGCCUGGCUUAUACUUGGGCAGUUAUUUUGGACAUAAUAUGAUUUUUAAAAAAUGGUUCUGACUUUGUCCUAAAAUAAAGUUUCAUAAGCCUUUCCCCAUUA